CCGUCCAUUCACUCGCAGGGGCCGCACCGAGCGCCUCGGAGACGGCUCGGGGCUCUGGGUGCCGCGGGUUCCCGUACAAAGAAGCCCGGGGGAGGGACGAAGGCGCCUCGCGGCCGGCACGCUCCAGAAAGUGAGGUCUCCUGGGGAGAGGACCGCAGACGCACGCGGAGCCGAGCGCGCCGCGGAGUGGGGGCUUCUCCGUGCCGACCUCUUCCCGCCUCGGUAUUUUCCCUUGGGUAUCAACUUGCAAAUCUGAAGAAAUGGCAUUCCGGGCAAUUUGCGUGUUGGUUGGAGCAUUUGUUUGUUCUCUCUGUGUAAAAGGAUCAACUCAGCCCCAAGCAAGAGUUUAUUUAACAUUUGAUGAGCUUCGAGAAACCAAGACCUCUGAGUACUUCAGCCUGUCCCACCAGCCUUUAGACUACAGGAUAUUAUUGAUGGAUGAAGAUCAGGACCGGAUAUACGUGGGCAGCAAAGACCACGUUCUUUCCUUGAAUAUUAACAAUAUAAGUCAAGAGCCUCUGAGUGUUUUCUGGCCAGCAUCUACAAUCAAAGUUGAAGAAUGCAAAAUGGCUGGCAAAGAUCCCACACACGGCUGUGGGAACUUCGUCCGCGUGAUUCAGGCUUUCAACCGCACGCAUCUGUAUGUUUGUGGGAGUGGCGCCUUCAGCCCCGUCUGUACUUAUUUGAACAGAGGGAGGAGAUCAGAGGACCAAGUUUUCAUGAUUGACUCCAAGUGUGAAUCUGGAAAAGGACGCUGCUCUUUCAACCCCAAUGUGAACACAGUGUCUGUUAUGAUCAAUGAAGAGCUUUUCUCCGGAAUGUACAUAGAUUUCAUGGGCACAGAUGCUGCUAUUUUUCGCAGUUUAACCAAGAGGAACGCAGUCAGAACGGACCAGCACAACUCCAAAUGGCUAAGUGAACCUAUGUUCGUGGAUGCUCAUGUCAUCCCAGAUGGCACUGACCCUAAUGAUGCUAAGGUGUACUUCUUCUUCAAAGAAAAACUGACCGACAACAGCAGAAGCACGAAACAGAUUCACUCCAUGAUCGCUAGGAUAUGUCCUAACGACACAGGCGGACUGCGCAGUCUUGUCAACAAGUGGACCACUUUCUUGAAAGCGAGGCUGGUAUGCUCGGUGACCGAUGAAGAUGGCCCGGAAACACACUUUGAUGAAUUAGAGGAUGUGUUUCUGCUGGAAACUGAUAACCCAAGGACAACUCUAGUGUAUGGCAUUUUUACAACAUCAAGCUCAGUUUUUAAAGGAUCAGCAGUGUGUGUGUAUCAUUUAUCUGAUAUACAGACUGUGUUUAAUGGGCCUUUUGCCCACAAAGAAGGGCCCAAUCACCAGCUGAUUUCCUAUCAGGGGAGAAUUCCGUAUCCUCGCCCUGGAACUUGCCCAGGAGGAGCGUUUACACCCAAUAUGCGAACCACCAAGGAGUUCCCAGACGACGUUGUCACUUUCAUCCGCAACCAUCCGCUGAUGUACAAUUCCGUCUACCCAGUCCACAGGAGGCCUCUGCUCGUUCGUAUAGGCACCGACUACAAAUACACGAAGAUAGCUGUGGAUCGAGUGAACGCUGCCGAUGGUAGAUACCAUGUCCUGUUUCUGGGAACAGAUCGGGGCACAGUGCAGAAGGUGGUGGUCCUCCCUUCGAACAGCUCUGCCAGUGGAGAGCUCAUUCUGGAGGAGCUGGAAGUCUUUAAGAAUCGUUCUCCCAUAACAACAAUGAAAAUUUCAUCCAAAAAGCAACAGUUGUACGUGAGCUCCAAUGAAGGGGUCUCCCAAGUGUCGCUGCAUCGCUGCGACAUCUAUGGCACAGCCUGUGCGGACUGCUGCCUGGCCAGGGACCCGUACUGCGCCUGGGAUGGCCACGCUUGCUCCCGGUUCUACCCAACUGGGAAGCGGAGGAGCCGAAGACAAGACGUGAGACAUGGAAAUCCACUGACUCAAUGCAGAGGAUUUAAUCUAAAAGCCUAUAGAAAUGCAGCUGAAAUCGUUCAGUAUGGAGUAAAAAAUAACACCACUUUCCUUGAGUGUGCCCCCAAGUCCCCGCAGGCAUCUAUCAAGUGGUUGCUACAGAAAGACAAAGACAGGAGGAAAGAGGUGAAGCUGAACGAACGGAUCAUUGCCACGUCACAGGGACUCCUGAUCCGCGCAGUUCAGGAUUCUGACCAAGGACUGUAUCACUGCAUCGCCACGGAAAACAGCUUCAAGCAGACCGUCGCCAAGAUCAACUUUAAAGUCUUAGAUUCUGAGAUGGUGGCCGUUGUGACAGACAAGUGGUCCCCGUGGACCUGGGCCGGCUCAGUGAGGGCUCUCCCCUUCCACCCGAAGGACAUCAUGGGUGCCUUCAGCCACUCGGAGAUGCAGAUGAUCAACCAGUACUGCAAGGACUCUCGGCAGCAGUAUCAACAGGGAGAAGAAUCCCAGAAGAUGAGAGGGGACUACGGCAAGUUAAAGGCUCUCAUCAACAGCCGGAAAAGUCGAAACAGGAGGAAUCAGUUGCCAGAGUCAUAAUGUUUUCUUACAUGGGGCUUAUGCUUCCAGUAGCAAUGGUCUGUCUUCAAUCAUCAAAUUUUCAGCAAAGAAUCUUGUGCUUUCCCCAUGGAAAAUUCCUGAGAAGGGUGGGUACUCACUCCUGAAGUGGGUGUUACAAGAACUGAAGUGAGCAUGCAUUUUCGUGUCUGUAUUGACGAGCACUAGACAUGUCAUGGUCCCCAUGGUGCAUAUAAAUAUUUAACUUAAGCCAGAUUUUAUUUAUAUCUUUAUUUACUUUUUCUUCAAAAUCAAUAUGGCGGCUGUAAAAGUAGAAUUCUUACAUCCCUUAGUUGAACGAGGGCCAUACCCUAUGAGCUUCCUUCCUUGCUUUAAGGGUUUAGAUUUCUAAUUGUCAGUGAUUUUAUGUAUGAAAGCAAAUGCCAAGAUCACAACUUUUACCUGGUAAAAGUUGUAUAAAAGCAUGUGACAGAGUAACUGUCAAAAGACGUGUAGCAUAGAAAAAAGACAAGGAAGAGGGCAUCUAAAAGUCAUAUGAAACGUGAGCGAUUCGUGAAGAGAAGACGAGGAGUUUAUAAGCUUCCAGUGAAAUGUAUGGUUGGUUACUCGAAGACAGUAAAAGCUGUCAGUUGCUGAUAUCGGCCAUUGAUCUUUGUUCCCUUGUCUCAGGAAGACGGAGUGAAUGACCCUCACCAUAAACAUAUUUGAUUGGAGUUAUGUUGGUGAAGCAUUUAAGUUUAUAUUCUUUUGUUAUCAUCUUCCAAACAAAGCACUUUCUUUUUUUGGAAGUUUCUUAAGUUAUUCGAGACUCAGAGAAUAUAAUCUUAUGCUGUUUAAUGGAUUACUGUGUUUGUUCUAAUUUUCUAAUCUGUGGGGCAGAUGAAACCAUAUAAGAAGAAAAAUUUUUUGAAAUAUCAGAGUUGAGUAUGAGGAGUGAAAACAUCAAAAUGGAAAAAAAAAAGAAAAAACAAAGUAGAAAGUGCAAUUUUGUUAAGUUCAUUUAAAAAUGUGACUAGUUUUUGACUUCAGUAAUUAAUUUUGAUGAUUAACUCCCUUUUUUUUGUUUCCCAACCUCAGAUAUCAUACUCUUUUUUAAGUCACCAAUUCAUUUUUUUUAUGAUCUUUUGUGUUUGCUGGAGAGGUGCUCAUUUUGUGGAGAAAUGAAAGAAAAAUUCUAAUAUGAACAAAAAUAGACAUACUUUCUUUUAAAAGAAUGUUGGUACGGUAUUUUCACUGGUAGAGAAAUACAAAUGUGGUAAGUUCUGUGCUGAAUAAGUUUUGUGAUGAAUAAAACAAUUAUCUUCUAAUUGUAUGUUUGGAUGAUCUUAUUAGAAUAAUUUAAUAUUGAAUUUUUAAUUCCAAAUAACAAUUGGAUGGGAUAAAUAUGAAAGAUUUCUUCAUUUUCUCAUAUUUCUUUUAAAGACACAACUUUAGAUAUUUCAUUUUUCACUUUUAAAGAUAUUUUCAUGUUUCCAGGUACAAACAGAAAUUGCAUCAUAUUCCUAAUUAAAAUCUAGUACAAAAGUCUUAUCUGUAGUUAACAAUCCAUGAAGAAGGUAAUCAAGGUCGAUGUGUCACCUUUUUGUGCAACUGCAGUAUAAAGCCUCGAGAACUAAAAUCGUCCAAAUGAAUGUCAUCAUGAUCAGAGUCUCGGAAAAUGGUUUAUUAUGUAAAUGGCUGUGGACUGUGAUGUUGUAAGAGGAGGCCUCCAUGGAGAAGGCAGGUAAAAUGCACAACAUAAAUAAUGUUCAUUCAAAAAAAAAGCUACUAAAUAAGCUAUCGUUCCUAAUGUGUAUGAUUCUAAAGUGGCCUCCAGAGCAGUUUAUCGUACAAAUUGUUUGCCUGCUUAAAGGGCGUAAACUUCCUGAUUCCUCCUCCACGUGCAGAAACAGAAGUGUGUGUGGAACCGAGUACUCUUCUGUGUCGCUGGCCAGUCUCUUCUAUGUACGGAGGUGACAGUAGAAACGUGUUAGGGUCAGAGGACAAGGUAACUUCACAGCUCCCCUUGCUUCAUGUAAACCCAAACUGAUAGACAAUAAGGUGUUUAGUUCGUAAUAUUAUUUGUGCUAUUUAAUACCUUCUAUUUGGAACACUGUUAAAUUGUAUAUACUUUCAUUACUUUUCUUUUAAAAUUAUAGAACUCCUUCUUGAACGUAAGAGCCAAAUGCAAAGAAAAUGUUCUUUCUCAAAAGUAUCGUUAAUGUAUACUGAAUGUUGGUGGUUGGGUUUAUUUUGUGUAGUGUGACAAUUCAAUGACUUGAUAUGUUUUCCCUUUGUAUUAUACAUAAAAUGUCCUAGCAAUGCACUUUUUUUUUCAAAGUGUAGGUUUGUGAAUACAUUUUAGCAUGAUGAAGCUGUUGUUACGGUGAAUGUUCACUCCGUGUGAGGAAACAAACUCAAUGUACUUGGCAUACUCAUAUUUAAUUGGAUGUUGAGGAAAUCCUUUGCCUGGCAAAAUAAAACAUAUUGAAUUCUC